UAUUUUUCUCUUUUCCAGAUUUUAGAAUUUUUGUUUUCGUCUUGGGGAACUACCUCCUUGCCAUCAUCAUCAUCUUUCCUUGGCCCUGACAUCGAUCAGCCGGAUCUCCAUUGAUGUGAUGCAUCAGAAGAAAUCGGAAGUUCAGAUCGGAAAAGAAAGCAGCGGCGUCUCUUCCGAUUACAAUCCUUCUCCCCCUCUUCUUUUCUUCCCACAGAUCGUGUCUCACCACCACCACCGUGAUCCAUCUAUCCCGGCCGCCCCUUACAGGCGUCGCUUCGCUCCUCCUCCUCGUCCUCCCCCUUCAUUUUCUCUGCCGCGCUCUCUCCGGCGAUUCCCUCUGUUUCUCUUUCUCUUCCCUCUCUCAUACUUCCUCUUCUCCCAUCCCACUCGCUCCUUCCUUGUCGAUUUCCUCUCUGCCUUUGGUUUCUCCGCCGCACUUCUUUUCUCCCUCAAUCUCGCCCUCCCUCGGCUCCCUUCGAUCCGCUUGUUCCUCGCACGCUCCUUCCCCUCCCCUUCUAGGAGGACGACGACUGCUUUGCCCGUCUUCUGGUCCAUCGGCUCUCGCCCUAGAUCUGACAAGAGGGGAAGCUCCUCCGGGUGCUGGGUCCAGCUCUAUAGCAACGGUGACGUUUACGAGGGAGAGUUCCACAAGGGCAAGUGCUCCGGCUCCGGCGUCUAUUACUAUUCCAUGAGCGGCAGGUAUGAAGGUGACUGGCUUGAUGGCAAGUACGAUGGCUAUGGUGUUGAGACCUGGGCCAGAGGCAGCCGUUACAUGGGCCAGUAUAGUCAGGGCCUUCGCCACGGUUAUGGGGUUUACCGAUUCUACACUGGAGACAUGUUCUCCGGCGAGUGGUCCAGCGGACAGAGUCACGGUUGCGGAGUUCACACCUGCGAAGAUGCAAGUCGCUAUGUUGGGGAGUUCAAGUGGGGCGUCAAGCAUGGUCUUGGUCAUUACCACUUCAGGAACGGUGACGUAUACGCAGGAGAAUACUUUGCUGACAAGAUGCAUGGAUUCGGGGUCUAUGGGUUUGCAAAUGGUCACCGGUAUGAAGGAGCUUGGCAUGAAGGUAGGCGGCAAGGGCUGGGCAUGUAUACAUUCAGAAAUGGAGAAACACAGUCGGGCCAUUGGCAAAAUGGGAUCCUCGACAUUCCAAGCACACAAAAUACAACUUUUCCCAUAUCUCCUGUUGCAGUCAACCAUUCCAAAGUGCUUAAUGCAGUCCAGGAGGCACGGAGAGCAGCCGAGAAGGCUUAUGACGUAGACAAGGUUGAUGAGAGAGUUAACAGAGCCGUUGCAGCUGCCAAUACAGCUGCCAAUGCUGCAAGAGUGGCGGCCUUCAAAGCUGCCCAAAAACAAUCUAAAAACAUGGACAAUUUUCCGAUUCCUGUUGUGUGAACCAAUUCUACUAGUAGUACACAGGCGAAGGAAAGUCGACAAGCAUAUUACUCAAGAGACCGUGUUGGGGAAAUCAAUGCAAAAAAAACCCUGGUUAGCUGGUUCGUUCAAAAGAGAUGAAUAUGAUGUCAAGCUCACGGCUCAACUCAUAUAUUGAUUUCCUUUCCAAGGCGUGGCAGAGACAUAUGCUAUAUAUAGCGUGAGAUCGUGGAUUGUGAAUCAUGAUUCUGACAGACAACUAAGUUGUUUUAUGUGUGCCAUAAAUCCAGUAAUUAAACAACAAAAUUCGAAUGAAGGUAUAUUUGAAAUGCCUUAUAA